AUGCUCUUGGCGGCGCUACUUCUCCUCCUCCUGAGCUGCCUUCGGGGACACGGAGGGAAGAUCCCAGCCCCGCCCGAGCGCGUGAGAUUCGUGGCCGAGACCUUUCAUCACGAGCUGCGCUGGGAGCCACCGAGCACCGGACACGGGCUCCUCCUGUACGACGUCCAGUACAUGCGAUACGGCGAGAACGGCGGCUGGAACCCAGCGCUGAACUGCACGCGCGUCCGGAUCCACUCCUGCGACCUCUCCUACGAGACGCGGGAGCCCUCGAAGUUCUACCACGCCAGAGUCCGGACGGUAACAGGGACGCGCGUUUCCAACUGGACCCAGACGAAUCGAUUCGAUCCCAAGACAGCAACUCCUCGACUGGCGGGAGUGAGCCUCUCUCUUUCCCACAACGUGGUCCAAGUUGAGCUGCAACCUCCCACCAGCAAGUGGCACAAUAUAACCUAUGAGGACCUCUACCACUCGGAGGAAUACCAUGUCCAUAUCCGGAAGGUGUCUGACAAUAUCCAGUUUGAGUAUGUUAAGACCGAGCUGGAGUUUAACCUCUCGUCGCUGUCAUGGGGAGAACGCUAUUGCAUCAGUGUGGAGCCGCGGGUGGUCUCCCAGCCAAGUCCUGGCAAGAGGACAGAGGAGCAGUGUAUCUCAAUACCCACUAAGGAAGACUAUGUAAGACCCAUCCUCAUCUCCAGCUUAGCCCUCCUGACGGUGAUCGUCCUCUGUGGCCUGGGACUGGGAGUAGCCUGUGCCUACGUGAGGAAACCCAAAGAGGCACCUCUCUUACUGAAAUCUCCCGUAAAGCACAGUCUGCACUGGGUGCCAAAGGAGAAGCCUCCGCUCGGGGUGCAAGACUUGGUAUCGUGCUUAGAGGUGGAUCCCAUCCAGCCGCUCUCCUCCAUGGGACCAAAAGACCCUGUCCACCCUGACAGCCCAAAGUGUGGAAUGGGAGCAGCACCAGCGCCACUGGAAGGUUGCUUCUGGCUGCCAACGCUGCUAACACAGGGUGCAGAGCUCAGGAACCUUAUGGACAGCAGUGGCUGCAGCACAGACAGUGGCAUCUGCCUGCAGGAUCCUUCUGGCAGCCUGGGGAGGCUGUCUCUGGGAAGCAAUGAAGAGGGAGGCACCCAAGAGGAUGAGAUGGGUGGCCUCAGCAGGGAGGAGCAGCUCUUGCUGGAGGCUCCCUCUUCUUCCAGUGGGGUAGAGCAGGUGGCUCCAGAAGCUGAGGACCUACCCAAGGCCCAGAUAUUUUCUGGGUACCAGAAGCAGUCAGAGAUAUUGGGCUGCUCCCAGCCUCCCCUCAGCACAGAGGAGAUGACCUCUUUGGAGCCCGUCUCGGCUACUGGGUACUUGAAACAGGUCUCCGUCGGUGCCUCCUCUGGCCUUGCAAGGGACGGAACUCUUACCAAUGACUUUCUUGGCAGAACAGAGCAACAGAAACAGCCCUUCCCUGCCAGCAUCCCCCUGGAGCAGCUGGGAUUGCCCCCUGAAUUCUCCAAUACCCUCUUGGCGUUGGGCUUCUUUGAGCAAGAGCUGGCGAGCCCCUCUUCACACAUCUCCCCACAAGUGAACUCUGUUCCACAACUGAGCCUCGGUGUCCCGACCCUCCUGCAGUACUGGGUGCAAGGGCUGCCUCCCAAUAAGCUGAGUCAAUGGGAGAUAGCACAGCUCUAAUGGAGCCACACAGAGAGGUGGAGGAUGCAGGGUGGAAGG